CUCGCUGCCUGCCGCGCGUCGUCUGACUUUGACGCCUGAGCAGGGGUGGGUUGGAAAGGAAGACGACACACGCAGCCAUCAUCAACAAACUUCUUGCUUCUUGCUUGUCAGCAAACGCUGCUGCUGCUGCAUUCAAACAAGCAAGCACCAUUCGUUGUGAGCAGGAGGUGUUCAUCAGACUGUGGUGAUUUCCUCGGGGUGUCCUGCGCGUGCAGCCUUUGGCUUCUUCCUGCCCCAAUCGCAUCGUUCUGGAAUGCUUGUUGCUGUUGAUGUUCUCUGUCGUGCACGCAGAACAAGCAAAAACUUACCUGCCACAACAACCCUUCCCCUGCACCUCACCACCAAAGGCUCGACUGCACCGACAUUCACACCACCACAAGAUCUCUUCUUCUUCUUCUUCCUCUUCUUCUUCUUCUUCUUCUUGGCCACGGCGAGCACAACUCCGCGGCAAGAACAAGACCCACGAGCUCUGCAGCAGCAGGUGCCUGGGCUUGCCUUCCCCUCCUGAGUGACCUGUGCCCGUUUGGUGCGCAGAGGCAUGACGAGGGUUGAGCCCUCGGCUGCGCCCGUGCCCCGAGCCCAUGCUGUCCUGUCUGCGCUCCCGCUGCCUGCUGGCUGGGAGGCAAGGGUGUGCACUUCCCCACGCCAGCGCCUCAAGCAUGGCCAACGCAGAGUCGUCUUCCUCAACCAUGAGAGGCAAAUGACGACAUGGCACGACCCACGGCUGCGGCUGCUGCUUCCACCAUCGUUGCACGAGCUUCCACAUGGUUGGACCCUGGAUCUUGACGCAGAGGGUGAGCCCUAUUUUCUCGACGACACGACGUGCUCCACAUGUCGCCGGCCCCCUUUCCUCUCCGCGCAACAGCAUCAGGACCUCAACGCCUUCUACCAACGCUUCGUGCUCGACCCCGCCAUCUCAACCACAGAAAAGACAUGCACCCCGCAACAACAACAACAACAACAACAGCCACAAGUGUCAUCAGAAGAUGCCAGCAAAGCAUGGCCUGUUGGCACGAAAAAAUGCCCGCCAUACACAACACCAAGCCAUCGGUGGCAACGCGUCACAUCAACCCCAGUAGCUUCGACCAUCAGACUAGAACAGGACACUCGCAAUACAACAACAACAACAACAACAACAACAACAACUGCAGGACCUUCUUCGUCGUCAUCAGACGAAGCGGUUGCCUCCACCCGCAGGCUAACUCUGCACUGUGUGCCGCGCGCCUUCUUCCCGGAUUUGGAGGCAGACGCAGAGUACUUUGAUGGCACGCCCCACCAUCACCACCACCACAACAACAACAAUGAUGACGACGUUGGUGAUGCUAGCGCGACAACGGCAGCAGGGCACACCGCACCUCGGAGACAGAGCGUGCCGCAUGGCAUUGCAUGGCACGCUGAUAGCCGGUGCACGGCGGGCCGUGGCCACCACCAUGGUCUUGACACGGAAGUUGACAACCUGCUCUUGCAGGAUGCACGCCAUGACGAGAUUUUCAUUUCCGAGCACGGUGGUGCUGGCAGCGUGCUGCAGCUGCACGACCACAUGCGGGAAACAUGGCCCCUCCCCUGCGGCUGGUCGCAGCACACGUGCUCGCAGAGCGGCCAGCCUUACUUUGUGCAUGCAAGCACGCGGCGCGUGACGUGGACACACCCAUCGCUGGCGCGAGAGCUGGCCGGCGUGAAGCUUGAAACCCUGCCCCUCGACUGGGACGUUGACGUGGAUGAGGACGGCCUGUUCUUCGUCAACCACUGCGUCGCCAUGGCCACGCGCGAGCCGCCAGCACCCCUCAUCGCAACCGGCAGUGAGCAAGAUGGCAGUGACACCCUGGGCCCUGCAGAUGACUGCCUCAUUGUGCCUGCCUCGCCACGUGCACAGGAUUCGCUGUCAUCCACCACGGCAAUGCUGCACAGCAACAGCGUAGCGACGAUUGUCCCACCCAACACGGCAGACGUGGCCGGCGGCGAGGACGAGCACGAGCGCAUCACCCUCUUGCACAGCCCUACUACUACUACUACUACUACUACUACUGCUCCUCAGCACGACACAAACCACGCUGCGGUGCAGCCAGUGCGGGAGGGCAACCACGAGGCAGCUCGCUCGGCCGUGCUGCCGACACGGCACGCGUCCCUGAUGGCAGCGCACGACCGCGCACCCAGCGAGUCCAGCGUGGACUCUGGCGUGGACAGCGGCAGCAACACCCUGUGUAGGCACACCUCUGUGUCGCAAUCGUCACUCGUAGCUGAAGAGCAGCACCGCCUCCAGCAACCCGCGACUGCUGAGGGUAACAACUGCAAUGACAGCCGUGCCUGCAGGCAUUCUCGUGGCGAUGAGGACGCUGGGUCCGAGACAUCGUCCAUCUUCUCCGUGUCCAGCUGGGCUUCAUACAUUGCAGGCAUCUGGCGCGGAAGCAACGACAACACGAGGUGUUGUGACAUUGACCCCGAGCAGCGGGCUGCUGCGAGGAAGCAGGACCGCAAGCUCGAUCCAACACCACCUGGGAUGCGAGAGCCGGACCUAGCUGAGCCAGACCUAGCUGAGCCAGACCCAAGUGGGCGGGACUGUCUCAACCCAAGAUCACCUCAAGGUCAACAGCAACAGGACCAUCAUCUUGUUCUGGUGAAUGAUUUCGGUCCUUCACAUGUCACUGUCACAGAUGUCUAAGGCUUGCUUUUUAUUUGUGUGUGAAGUGUGUUGGUGCUUGGUUGAGGAUGAGCACGGUGUGUACAUAUUGAGUAUUUGCCGUUGGUUGGAUGGAGGGUCGUGGAGUGAGAGGGGCUGGGUUGAGAGAAAGAGAGGUGCGAAGUGCGGUGUUUGUUUGCUUGCUUCGUUGGCUCGCAGCGGUUCAUAAACAACGAUAAUGAC